AUGGCGCGGGAAGAGCCCCUCCUGGCUCAACGCCCGGCCUCCGACCGCUCGUCGAUCCAAAAUGAGGAAGAAGAAGCCCUCCUGACCGGACAGCACACCACUCGCCAUACCGAACGACGGAGCUGGGCAUCAUGGCGCGAGAUUGGAAUGUUCGCUUGGGCUUUCAUUGCCACGGUUUUGGUUAUUGUUCUGGCGGCGGUCUAUCAGCACAAGGCGGUCGAGAUUCCUCAUCACGAGCAGUCGAAGAAUACAACCUGGGGGCCUGGAGGAAAGCCAACGGGCAAGCGCAAUGUCAUCUUCAUGGUUUCUGAUGGCAUGGGUCCUACUAGUCUAUCUCUGACUCGUGCUUUCCGGCAAUAUCGUGAUGGUCUGCCCGUUGACGACACUCUGCUCUUGGACAAGCACCAUAUUGGGACAUCACGGACACGGUCGACCUCUAGUUUGGUUACUGACUCGGCUGCUGGGGCUACUGCAUUCUCUUGUGGACUUAAGAGUUAUAAUGGUGCAAUUUCGGUCCUUCCCGACCACUCGCCAUGUGGAACCGUGCUUGAGGCUGCUGCGCUGGCAGGCUACAAGACGGGCCUGGUUGUGACGACUCGUCUUACUGAUGCGACUCCGGCAUGCUUCGCCUCUCAUGCUAAUCUGCGCCAGUAUGAAGAUCUCAUUGCCGCCCAAGAGGUUGGAGACCACCCUCUCGGUCGGGUUGUGGAUCUUAUGCUUGGUGGUGGACGUUGCCACUUCUUGCCCAAGUCUGCUGAAGGAAGCUGCCGGGGUGACGAUCGCGAUCUGAUUGAUUUUGCUUCGGGUAAUGGGUUCACCACUAUCCAGAACCGUUCCGCCUUUGAUAGUCUCAAUGGUGGUGAGGACGCCAGCCUGCCGUUACUAGGUCUCUUCGCCCAUGGCGAUAUUCCCUUCGAGAUUGACCGACGUAGCCAGAACGAGAAGUACCCUUCUUUGGAGGAAAUGGCUCGCACUGCUCUGAGGGCUUUGAGCAAGGCCACUGAGAACAGUGAGCAAGGGUUCUUUAUCAUGAUCGAGGGCUCUCGUAUCGAUCAUGCCGGCCACAACAAUGAUCCUGCAGCCCAGGUGCACGAGGUCUUGGCCUAUGAUAAGGCAUUUGCUGCUGUGCUUGACUUUGUCGAGAAUGAGUCUACUCCUACCGUCGUCGUGAGCACAUCCGACCACGAGACUGGUGGGCUCUCUGCGGCACGACAGCUGACCAACGCCUACCCCGAGUACCAGUGGCUCCCAGAGGUUCUGGAUAAAGCGAGCCACUCUGGUGAGUAUAUUCAUGCCCAGUUGAAGGAGUAUCUUGCUGGUGCAGGCAAUGAUGCUAGUGCAUCGGAAAAGAAGUCUUGGGUCCGUAAGCACCUAAUCAAAGACGGUUUUGGCAUCACCGAUGCCACUGACGAUGAGGUGCAGGCUUUGCUCCACCCAGAGCCUCAAGUCAGCCCACAGAAUCUGUUUACGGAUAUGAUCAGCCGUCGUGCUCAGGUCGGCUGGAGCACCCACGGUCAUUCCGCUGUCGACGUCAACAUCUACGCAUCAUCGUCUAAGGACGCCUGGCCCUUGGUCGGCAACAACGAGAACACCGACGUCGGCUCUUUUCUCGCUGAAUACCUUGAUCUUGAUGUUGGCAAGGUCACAAAGCAGCUACGGGAUACCAAAACUGGUUUCUUAAACCCAUAUGACUGGAUGGGUCACCCGCUGGGCAUGGGUGUUCGCACUGAUGGACUAGACUCCUACCACGGACUAUUCAAGAAGCGAUCCGAGGACGACUGUGGAUGUGGCGGUUCUCACUGA